GCCUGAAGAAAAUAAAAAAGCAUGGAUGGUCAUAAGUACAGUUAUUCAAGGGAAUUUUAUGAUCAAUAUGCUCAAAGCCAAGAAAAAUCUGUGGUCAAUAAAAUGCAACAGAAAUAUUGGAAAACAAAACAAACGCUUAUAAAAGUCACAGGAAAAAAGGAAGAUGAACAUGUUGUGGCUUCAGAUGCAGACCUAGAUGCAAAACUUGAGCUGUUCCACUCAAUUCAGAGAACGUGUAUGGAGUUGCUGAAAGCAAUUGAACUCUAUCAAAAGAGGAUUUGUUUCCUGUCUCAGGAAGAAAAUGAAUUGGGAAAAUUUCUUCGAUCACAGGGUUCUCAGGAUAAAACAAGAGCAGGAAAAAUGAUGCAAGCCACUGGGAAGGCCCUCUGCUUUUCUUCUCAGCAAAGAUUAGCACUGCGUACUCCUUUGAGUAGAUUGUAUCAGGAAGUGGAGACUUUCAGAUAUAGGGCCAUCUCGGACACGUGGCUGACUGUAAACCGAAUGGAACAGUAUCGGACUGAGUACAGAGGAGCACUGCUUUGGAUGAAGGAUGUGUCUCAGGAGCUGGAUCCCGAUCUCUUUAAGCAGAUGGAAAAGUUCAGGAAGGUUCAAGCUCAAGUGCGACAUGCAAAACUCAACUUUGACAAGCUGAAGACCGAUGUCUGCCAAAAAGUGGAUCUUUUGGGAGCAAGCAGAUGCAACCUCCUUUCUCAUGUGUUAACAACAUAUCAGACAACACUUCUUCAUUUUUGGGAAAAAACCUCACACACCAUGGCAGCUAUCCACGAAAGUUUUAAAGGUUAUCAGCCAUAUGAAUUCACCAUGUUAAAGAGCUUACAAGAUCCUGUGAAUAAACUAACAGCAAGAGCGGAAAAGGAGGACCUGCAGAUUGCAAGCACUAAAUCAGUACAAGAUCAGCAGAGCCAGUUGAUUUCCUUAGAUGAGGAGAGCCAUGCCAAGGAGUCGAACUAUUCAGCUGAUGACAGCAAGGAUGUCUUAGCCACGUUGCAAGGACAUUUUAACCACAAGCAGAACUCAGGUGAAGAGACUUAAAGAAACUACCUUUAAAUGUGUACGUGCUGAUUAUCUAA